AUGGAGAAACAGUCCCCUUGCUUUGAACUGGAGGAAGUUCACGUUGGUACAACCGCUGAGGAGGAUGAACGUCUUUUGGACUUGCAGAUUCGGAUUGCUUAUCAUCUUCGUCUCAACGCAUCGGGUCGACGACGGCUUUUGCGAGACUACGGUUUCGUUCCGAAAGAUGUCCUUGUGGAUGUGUUGGGCAACUGCUCCGACAAUGUCCCCUGUCUGUACUACUUCUUGAAGCUGAAUCCGGAAAUCGUUGAUGCGCAUUAA